ACCACAAUGAGCGGAUGGUUAAUUUUGCUCAACAGUUACAUCUUUCUGACGUCUGGCUUUACGCAAACGCUUAACGAAACCGACUCCGUUUUGUCAUACACGCGAUCUUUUAAUAUCGGUAAUACCGAAAUAUUUAAAGUCGAAAUUUCUUUGGGCAAUCAGAAGGAUGACGGUUUUCUCAUGCGACAGUUUAGAGGAAUGUUGCAAAAAUACAAACGGGUUCCAGAAUGGUGGAGAUCGGUGCAACGUUGGACGGAAUCGAAGAUGCGAGUCUUAAAUAGGCAGUGUGCGCGUCAGCUUCACAAUAUGACAGCCACGCAAGCAACUUUCCUUUUUUGCACUCUCUUGCAGGCCAUUCUUACAGAAGGUCAGAUGGCCGAGCAGCCCGAACCCGAGUUCUUGGGCCCUUUGGAAAAUCACACAGUAACGCAAGGCCGCGACGUCUACUUCACAUGCGUUGUUAAUCACCUGUCUUCUUACAAGGUAGCAUGGAUCAAGUCGGAUACUAAAGCGAUUCUGGCAAUUCAUACUCAUAUGGUAGCCCAAAAUCCUAGGCUUUCGGUGACACAUAAUGGACACAAUACUUGGAUGUUGCACGUCUCCAACGUACAAAAGAACGACUCCGGAACUUACAUGUGUCAAAUCAACACGGAUCCCAUGCGAAGCCAGAUGGGAAACUUGGAAGUCGUUAUCCCUCCGGACAUACUCAACGACAACGAAUCAACUCAAGGUUCAGGUGUUGCAGUUGAAGGUGGUACCAUCACACUGCGUUGUUAUGCGACCGGAGUCCCGGAACCCACCGUCGUUUGGAAGAGGGAAGGUGGCGAGAAAAUAGUGUUGCGUCACGACGGAAUCCGCGAGAAACAAGCCCUACCGCAGUUCAGUGGAGAGACACUGACGUUGACGAAUGUACAGCGCACUGAUAUGGGGCCUUACUUAUGUAUUGCGAGCAACGGCGUGCCCCCAUCUGUCAUUAAACGAUUGAUUGUGAAAGUUCACUUUCAUCCGCUGAUUAAAGUAUCGAAUCAGUUAGUGGCCGCCCCCAUUGCACGUGACGUUGCCAUACAAUGUUACGUUGAAGCAUCCCCUAAAGCCAUGAACCACUGGAUGCGGAAUACCGGAGAAAAGCUCAUUCCUAGCGACAAAUACGUUAUCGAAGAGGUUCCGAUUAACGAGUAUUCGCUAUAUAUGAAUUUGACAAUACGUAAUUUAGAAAAGAGAGAUUUCGGAGGCUACACCUGCAGCUCAUCGAACGCCUUAGGCAAAGCGGAGGGCUCCGUGCGGCUACAAGAACGACAAAUAAUCAUAAAAUCUACUAGCACCGCAAGCACACCCCGCUACAUAGAAACGAAACCUCGCAAACCACCGAACAAAGAUAAACAGAAAAAAUACAAACAACAAAAGAAAAAAGAAACCGGUGACAGUAGGAGCGAAGAGGAUCAAGAAAUGACCACGCUAUUGUUACCUGAAGUCAAAACACAGUCGCCUUCGCAGAUGUCGGUACCAAGUGCUAGUCGAUCUCCACCAUGGAAUCAUCUUCAUCGAAAUACGGCAGUCGGACUGCCUUUCGAGACAUCUUGUUGUUAUACUUUUAUUGGAUUUGUUAUGUUUCAAUUGUAUACUGUAUAUAGAGAAAUUGUUUAAUUUUUAUUAAAUUAGAGACAUUAUUCGGAGGAAACAAGGGAAUACCUAACCCAAUUGAUUCGAUAUUUUACGCAACAUAUGUUUGAGUACUCCCAAAUUAGUAAGGUUUUAUCUGGCAAACGUCUUCCUUGUACAAUUUAAACUCACUCUGAGUUUCAUAUCACCAUGUCUUCCCAUUUGCGAUUGUUAGUAAUAACUGGUUUCUUACUUUCAUACACGAACCAUCACUUGAUCUAAAUCCUCCUUUUUCGCUUCGGGUCUAUUCACUAUCACAAAACAACCAUAUCCAUUAUCGAUUCUUUCCUAACUGACAUCAUCAAGAACAAUAUGGAAUUUAAAUGACAAUAUCCGAUAUAUACCUAAUAUAUGAAGGACAAUAGCCUUUUUUAAAACAUAUACAAUAUAAUAUAAGGCACUUAUGAAAUGAGUUUUGAAUUUUUUUUUUUAUUUUGAAAUACAACGAUCGUUUUAAUAUUUAGUAAUAAAAUCCUUCAUGUCUUCCGAAUGAAAACUAUACAUAUUUGUGAUUUAUCAUUUUUUAUACACAUUUCGUGGUAUAUAAAGUCAUAUUUACAUAUUGUAUACAAA